CGUGCGUCAUACUUUCAACUUCUUUUCCUUUUUAGUUGUCUCCUAAUCUCAUUUAAACCCCGUAAAUACUUUGUUAUCAGAAGUGGGAAAAUCCGAUGGAAGAGGUACGGAACGUUUAGAUCACAUACAAACUGGAUUGAAUGACGGGGACCGGCGGCAGGGAGAGAAAGAAACAAGCAGAGGAAUUUCAUGGAUAUUUUGCAGAUAUUUUAGGACAAUCGGAGUUUUACCUGUACACUCUUCAUCUUUUAUCAAAAAACCACCGGAGCAGUUUUUAUCCGGUUUUUUGGUAUGCCCAUGUGCGCUCGUGGGAGCUCCAGACGAUCCGAGUCAAGAUGAGACAGCAGGUGCUCGUGCUCGGCGCGCUCAUGUUUCUGUGUGUACUCCAGCCGGCCACUUUACAAACACAAGAAGUUUGCACAGGCACCAAGAAUGCACUGAGCUCCACAGGCACCCCUGCACAACACUACAACAACCUAAAGGAGCGCUACACCGGAUGUGAGAUUGUUAUUGGCAACCUUGAGAUCACACAGAUGGAGGAUAACCUCGACUUCUCCUUUCUUGGGAGUAUCAGAGAGGUCACAGGCUACAUCCUCAUUGCUAUGAACCAGUUCAGCCGGCUUCCUUUAAACCAGCUCAGGGUGAUUCGCGGGAGCAGUCUGUAUGAAAAAGAAUGGGCCCUUUCUGUAUUUCAUAACUUUGAGGGCCACCAUGGCCUGGAAAGUCUGGGUCUCACCAACCUUACAGAAAUCUUGGAAGGUGGAGUGCAGAUCGUCCAGAACAAGAACCUGAGUCUCUCGAUCAAAUGGCAGGACAUUGUCCGAGACAGUGAUGCUCGCAUUGAGAUCCAAAACAAUGGAGAUAAAGCACGCUGUGAUCCUACAUGUGGAGGAUACUGCUGGGGUCCAAGCAAAGAUCAAUGCCAGAAAUUGACAAAAACAGUGUGUGCGCCUCAGUGCCACGGCCACUGUUUUGGUACCGAACCCAAUGAGUGCUGCCAUACAGAGUGUGCUGGAGGCUGCGUUGGGCCAAGGGACACUGACUGCUUUGCUUGUCGGCAUGUCAAUCACUCAGGUGCCUGUGUCCCUCACUGCCCUUGGCCUCUGGUAUACAACAGACAGACCUUUCAGCUGGAGCCCAAUUCUGAAGCCAUGUACCAGUUUGGUUCAAUCUGCGUUCCCAAAUGUCCUGCACACUUUGUUGUGGAUGGCAGCGCAUGUGUGAGCAGUUGCCCUCCUGGGAAAACAGAAAAAGAGAAAAAUGACAUUAAACAGUGUGAACCUUGCAUUGGCCUGUGCCCCAAAGUAUGUGACGGCACUGGAGCCAGUCACAGACAGACUGUGGACUCCAGUAACAUAGACAGCUUUAUCAACUGUACCAAGAUCCAAGGCAGUUUACAUUUUCUGAUAUUGGGUAUCAAAGGAGACAGCUAUCAUAACAUACCACCCUUGGAGCCCGAGAAACUCAAAGUGUUUAACACCGUCAAAGAAAUUACCGGUAUUUUGAAUAUUCAGUCUUGGCCUGAUGGGCUCAAUGAUCUGUCCGUUUUCUCCAGUCUCACUACUAUUCAGGGAAGAUCUUUGCACAAACCCUUCUCUUUAUUGGUGAUGAAGAUUCCCUCCCUCACAUCUCUUGGAUUACGUUCUCUUCGUGAGGUCAGCGACGGCAGUGUUUACAUCAGUAACAACAUAAACUUAUGCUAUCACCACACCGUCGAUUGGAUCCAGAUCUUCACCGGUAGCCGCCGGCUGCGCAGACGUAUUAACAACGACAUCAAGGACAACAAACCGCAAGACCAAUGUGAAGCAGAGGGCCACAUAUGUGACCCGUUGUGUUCGGACGCAGGAUGCUGGGGCCAGGGACCGGAGCAGUGUUUGUCGUGCAGGAAUCACAGUCGACAUGGCACCUGUGUGGCGCACUGCAACUUGUACACUGGUGAGCCGCGGGAGUUCACAGCACCUAGUGGAGAGUGUCUUGCUUGUCACCCUGAGUGUCUACCUCAAAAUGGGCAACAAACCUGCCAUGGAGAAGGUGCUGAUCAGUGUGUGGUGUGUUCACAUCUGAUGGAUGGUCCACAUUGUGUCUCCAGCUGUCCCAAUGGGGUGAAUGGGGAGAAGGGUCAGACCAUAUUUAAGUACCCGAAUACAGCGGGUCAUUGUGAACUCUGUCACGUUAACUGUACAGGAGGAUGCACAGGCCCAACACUAAGAGACUGUAUAGAUCCAGACAGACAAGUUAACAGCUCCCACAUUGCAGGUAUAGCUGUAGCUGUGUUCGCUGGUAUCAUUGUGCUCCUGGCACUGUUUGUGCUAGGUAUGCUGUAUCACAGAGGCCUGGCAAUCCGCCGUAAAAGAGCCCUGAGGAGGUACCUGCAGAGUGGUGAGAGUAUGGAGCCACUGGAUCCAGGAGAGAAGGGGACAAAAGUUCACGCUCGAAUUUUAAAAGCACAAGAGCUGCGAAAGGGCAAACUUCUGGGGUAUGGAGUGUUUGGCACCGUCAAUAAGGGUUUUUGGAUGCCUGAAGGAGACUCUGUAAAAAUCCCAGUGGCAAUCAAGACCAUCCAAGACCGCAGUGGCCGGCAGACCUUCACAGAGAUUACUGAUCACAUGCUUGGAAUGGGAAGCCUGGAUCACCCCUAUAUAGUGCGUCUGCUUGGUAUCUGUCCAGGCACAAGUCUCCAGUUGGUCACUCAACUCAGCUCUCAAGGAUCCUUACGGCAACACCUUCAACAACAUAAAGACAGCCUGGACCCCCAGCGUCUGCUCAACUGGUGUGUGCAGAUCUCUAAGGGCAUGUACUAUCUCGAGGAGCACUGCAUAGUCCAUAGGAACCUUGCUGCACGCAACGUCCUUCUCAAGAGUGACUACAUAGUGCAGAUCUCAGACUUCGGGGUUGCAGACCUGCUUUAUCCAGAUGACAAGAAAUAUGUGUACAGUGAACACAAGAUGCCAAUAAAAUGGAUGGCAUUGGAGAGCAUCCUUUUCAGGAGAUACACUCAUCAAAGUGAUGUGUGGAGCUUUGGAGUGACUGUAUGGGAGAUGAUGUCAUGCGGAGCUGAACCAUAUGCAUCCAUGCAACCCCAUGAUGUGCCAGGUCUACUUGAAAAGGGAGAACGAUUGGCUCAACCACACAUCUGCACUAUAGAUGUCUACAUGGUCAUGGUCAAAUGCUGGAUGAUUGAUGAGAACGUAAGGCCUACGUUUAAAGAGCUGGCUAAUGAAUUCACAAGAAUGGCAAGGGAUCCACCACGGUACCUUGUGGUAAAACUUCCUCAGGAUUGUAAUGGAGCAGAUGAAAGCCACCAACGUGAUGUUAAAGGGCCACAUUUAGACACACACUUGCAGGAUGAAGAUGAUGAGGUAUUAGGGGAUGGGUUGGACACACCUCCUCUCCUCCAGUCACCCGCCAGGAGUCAUUCUCGCCUCCGUAUGGCCUCUUACAAGGGAACCUCAGACCAUAUAACACCAGUGGGCUACCUCCCCAUGACCCCUGGCCCCGGGGGCGACCCAAGACAGAUUCGAGCCCAGAGGCGGAGAACUGGAUCGGCGAGGACAGAGUCCGAGUGCUCGGAGGGCAGGGGGACAAUGGGAGACAUUGAAAUGACUGAACUCGCUUCUCAAACAGGCAGCCUGCGCAGGGGUCGCAGCCGUAUGGACAGCGCCUACAUGUCUACCAGUGUGUCUGUGGCCUCGGAUCCAUUUUCUCCAGGCCUAGAGGGUGUAGACGAGGACUAUAAUGGUUACGUGCUGCCCACAGACACCCGCAACCAAGACAGAGGUUCCAAAAGCGCUGUUCAUCAUAGUAGGUUAUCCAGAGGCUCCAAGUCUGCCCUCUCCAUACCAAAACCAGACACCACACAAGAGUACGAGCUAAUGCAUAAACAGCCCCUUGGGGUCUCUCCUUCACCCACAGACACCACUGAAAGUUCUGCAUUACUGAACAAACAAUCCUCCCCUACCAAACCAGCAAAUACAUGCAUUUUACAGCAGAAAACAGACUCAGACCCAACACAAACCAAGCAGUCGGAUAACGGCAUUAAUCCCCCUGAAGAAGACAGCCUGUUGUCUGGAGCUUGCGGGGACAGUCCAGUCGAAACAGCAACAUGUAAUGAAGGGAACCGUUCUGAGAGACUUCCCUCCCAGAGCAGUGCUGUGGAGGAAAACCUUUCGGAGGACAGGCAGCCCCAAGAAACGGCAGUAGAGUAUGAAUACAUGGACAUACGCACAGAAACUCUACCAGAACACCACCAGAACACCACGGGGGAAAGUGUAGGAACCUCAAACGGGAGGACCAGCAGUACAGAUGUGACGGUUAGCAGAGAAGGAGUUUACCAAAAUAUAAGUGAGCUGCCUAGGUUGACAACAACACAGAGCGGGAGACGGAAGGCCAGGGAAGAUUCUCACAGCAAUACACGGCAUGGUGAGUACGUGGACAUGGACGCUUCUGGGAAACCUUGCUGUGAAGCAGAUCAGCCAGAGUAUCAGAACCUUCCAGUUAAAGGAAGGCCAGUAGUGGGUGAAGAGUCUCAAAAAAACAGUCUCAGGUCCUGCAUGAAAGUGUAUAAUGGCAUAGAGGAGCAAAGCACUUCUUUUGAUAACCCGGACUACUGGCACAGCAGACUUUUCCACAAGCAGGAUGCUGUAUGCACGUAAAAACUGAAGUAAAGAGUUCUAUUGAAAAAUGAAAACAAGGUGAUGGAUGAACAAUGGAAACAAUAAAGACUUAUCCAUAAGGCAUAACCAGCAUGAUUCUCAGGACAUAUGUACACAGUAUAUAGUUAUAUGUUUUUGUUUGUUGCAAAUUAAGUGAAAUGCUGUGUCAUUGCAGUAUGAAAUGGUUUAUCCUGUUGAAGAUCAGCCUACCUCCACUUGUACGUCCUCAAAGUCCAACUUUUAAGGUUUUAUAUGUCUGUUUUUUGCAAGAUAAUGACUAAGCUUACUAUUUUAUUGUAUUUUGAUUUUUUAAUCAAUAAAAAAAAUCAUGCAAUGUA